CGUGGCCGGGAGGCGGAGACGGGACCCCCGUGACGUCAGUGAGUCUGACUGUUUCCUGCAAUAGAAAGUGAGAGACGGUGAAGACAGAAAACACCGAGCUGGUCCUCGCUCCUAACAAACAAACAAACAAACAAAACCAAAGAUGUGCCCAAACUGUGGCUCAGGAGCCAUUGCUUCUCCAGAUCCAACAUUAGAAUCUACCUUCCCUGAAAUGCACCUGUGAACUCUGGUGGAAAGAUGCCGCGCACCAAACAGAACAACCCCAAGAAUCUAAAAGAUAAAAUAGAAGAGGCGCAAAAGGAGCUCAAAGACCCCAAAACCUCACAGAAAGGGAUAUCGGAAAGCAGUCGAAGAAAUGCAGAUAACAUAAAGGGCCUGAAGAGGAAAAAGGUUGUUGCAGAGAAUCAGCUAAAGAAGAUUCCUAAAUCUCCAGUGAAAAAGCCCCUGCAGUUAAAGACAACAGAAACUGCGCUCCAGAGAGAAUCGCUUAAGGAAGCCACACCCUUGUGCUCUUCCUCCUCCAAUAGCUCUUCAAGAUCGUCAAGUGAGAAAGGAGACCUGCAACAUGACCAACCAGUCUCAGCAUCUCCCAAUGAAGGGGCAUCUUCUGCUGAGUGUGAGAAGCUGCAGCAGUUAGAAACAUCUCUGAGGCCACCGUCUGUCAAGCCCACUGAUGGGGAAGAGGAGACUGUGAGUACUUCCAGAGAGUCUCAGUCUAAAGAUCUUAAGAAAGAGGACUUCAGCUUUGAGAGGUCUACUUUCCACUCCACUGCUCCUCUUGAGGUACUCCUUAAGGCCAUGGAACCUGAUUUCAGUACACUGGCUGAGAGGAAAAACCUGCAAAUCACAGCCAUCGGAAAAUCAGCUACCAUCCUUAAUACUCAAUCCAACAAUGACGUAACAAUGUCAGCUGUCAGUGCUGGUCUGCAGAGUCACCCAUCCCACAUGCAGACCUAUUAUAUUGACAAACAAGGUAACUUUAUUGGCAUUGCUGCACCUCUACAAGGAAAUAUGCAGGUUACUACCCAAGGUUCUUCUCUGCAAUCAUCCAAGCAUGCUGCCCCAAAUUUUAUGGCUAUGGUUUCAAACCCAGAAAAGUCUAACUUGCACAUUUUUAAUGCAGGACCACCCACUGUCACUCAUGCUCCUGUUCCCUCCGGCUCACAUGCUUUGCCACAAAGCCAACCACCAGUAGUGCACACAUGCCAGUCCCUCUCAGCAAGUGUUCCCAGCACUAUUCAAGUCCCAGUUACACCCGGCAGCAGUCAAAUUCAGAUGACGAGUGUUAUGAACUUCAGUGCUGAACAGGUGUCUAAGGACCAGAAGCCGAAGAAGCCGGGAAAGUAUGUUUGCGAAUACUGCAACCGGGCAUGUGCGAAACCCAGCGUGUUGCUCAAACACAUCAGGUCUCACACAGGAGAAAGGCCAUACCCCUGCAUUACUUGUGGUUUCUCAUUCAAAACCAAGAGUAACUUGUACAAACACAAAAAAUCUCAUGCUCAUGCUAUAAAACUGGGUCUCAUUGCACGCUCAGAAUCUGGAGGUGGCUCACUGUCUCAAGAAUCUGACAAAACCGUUGGAACACAUUCAGAGGCAGAGGAGAGUGGGGACAGUGACGAGGACGGUAGCACCGCAGACAUAGACCCUGAAUCAUCACAGAGCAGUGUGGCAGCUUUGUCUGAAAAUAGUUUACAGAGUACAUAUGUUCCCCAAGCAGGUCAUGGGGAAGGGGAGUCUUCAGCUGUGUUUGAGUCCAUCAACCAAACUUCUGCUCCAAGGAGUCAUGAGCCUAAAGUUACAGCUGCACUUCCAAAAGUUGUUGUAUACCCAGUUAAUGUCUCCCCUUUGAGGGCGGACAGUCCAAGAGUUACAGGAGCAGCACCCGAGCAAACUGCUGCACAACGGCAACGAGAGCUCCAGAUCGCCAACAUAAGAUCCAGUGUAGCAGUCCUGUCAUCUCUGAAAGAGGUGGAUGGUACAAAUCCCUUACUAGAUACUGUUAGUGAAGAUGAAGACCAACAUUGCAAAUCGCCACUGUUGGGUGGGCAUGCUCAGCUUCAAAGGCAACAGGCAACAGAGUUUUCUCAACAGCAACAGGCCAAGUGCCUACUCAGUCCGCGCAGUUUGGGAAGUACAGACUCUGGCUACUUCUCACGCUCAGAGAGUGCUGACCAGGCAAUGAGUCCACCGAGUCCGUUUGUAAAGAUAACUCCACCUGUAGACACUGACAUUUUGAAAAAUAUUCCUUCAAAUGUUGCUCCUGUGGUUGCCACAGUUAUGCAAGUAGCACCUGAGCAAAAGACACAGGCUGCAGAAGGAAAAAUGCGUCCGCCACUAGAGGCAAAAGCACUGUCUCUGGAAGAGCGAAUUUCAAAGUUGAUAUCUGAUAAUGAGGCGGUGGUUGACAACAAGCAGUUGGAUAGUGUGAAGCCAAGGCGGACGUCUCUCUCAAGGAGAGGAAGCAUAGACUCUCCUAAAUCAUACAUAUUCAAAGAUUCGUUUCAGUUUGACCUUAAACCAAUAGGAAGAAGGUCGAGUUCCAGCUCAGACAUACCCAAGUCCCCAUUCACUCCCACUGACAAAUCAAAGCCAGUAUUUCUUCUCUCUGUACCAUCGCAAUACCCACCAAUGGACUGUUUGCCAAUAACGAGGAGUAACUCAAUGCCAACUACACCUGGACACUCAGCUCUUCCCCUUAAUGUUGCCCCUGUCCCCCACCCUUUGCGAAUUUGUCAGUCAUUUGAUGAAAAAAUUGGCUCAAUGAAUGACGACGUGUUUUCGUCAAUCUCACCAACCCCAAAUCCUACAAUACAUUCUCGUACCUUAGUGAGACAAGCAGCAGUGGAAGACUUCCCAGCAAAUGAAGGAUGUAUUGUCCCUUCUGUCCAUUCCAUGGAUGAGAGUUAUUAUAGCACAAACAAUUCUACAGUAAUGGUUCAAAGAAGUAGAUCUUUUGAAAACAGUCAGGACAGAACCAAAAAGCUUCAACAAAAUAAAGGCACAAUGUAUGAGUGUGAAACCUGUCGCAACCGGUACAGAAAGUUGGAGAACUUCGAAACACACAAGAAAUUCUACUGCUCUGAGCUUCAUGGACCUAAAAAUAAGUCCAUCUCUGUUAAGGAACAUGAACAAGAUGUCUUUCACACCAGUAUUCAACAGCAAAUAAUCCUUAGGUCAACUGGCAGCUCGGGUAUAUUUGAUCAACAGACAUCAAUUAGGAAAAGAAGAAAAAUGAAGAGUGUGGGAGAUGAGGAUGAUCAGUCUCCCACUGACAGUAAUCCACCUUGCUCCGUCAGUUUUGAUUCCUGCCUGCCACCGGCAGCUCUGGCAAAUCGGACAUUUUCUCAACAUGCCGUCAUAGUAGACACGCAACCCAAAAACAGCCAAACAAAACUACCUCAGAUUCAGCUUGUAGCAAGAGGUAUCAAUACUUCAGAUUCCAGAUUAUCGCCGAUACGGGAGACUCAGAUCAGCACCUCAACUAAAGUAGAAAUUCAGCGGCAAGGCAGUGGUACUUCUGUCAUUCGACACACCAACUCUUUAAGUCGACCAAAUUCAUUUGACACAGAAUCAACUGACAGAGCAUCUCCUGCCGAUGGCUUUGAAAAGGAUCCUGAAAACAAGAUGAAAACUGUAACAUGCAUUCCAGGUGAUUGCUACAGUGAAAAAGGAUCUAAAAUACAGACUAGUGAUUAUGGGAAACAUGGACUGGAACGAGGUUCUGAUGGCACAGCAGGAGUUGGUGAAAAUUCUACUCAUGUUCACCAGUCUCGUCUAGUUCGCCAAAACAACAUCCAGGUUCCAGAAAUUCUGGUUACAGAGGAGCCCGACAGAGAACAGGAAACACAGAAUUUCGAGUCAGUAGAGAAGCCUGCAGAUCAGUUCAGCUGGCCUCAAAGAAGUGAGAGUUUGUCCAAAUUGCCAGCAGAGAAACUUCCACCUAAAAAAAAGAGAAUUCGUCUAGCUCAAAUGGACCAGUCCUCGGGUGAAUCUAGUUUUGAGUCUAGCCUUUCGCGAAGUCUCAGCAGGGACAGUAGCCUUUCUCGUUGCUCUAGUAUUUCAGCCUCACUGGAUAGAGAUGAACCGUCCAGGUCAGAGAGUCCUGCUAGGAGCGAGUGUGUUAAUAAAAUUACAGAGCCUCAAGGUUUGCCUACAGUCUUUAACACACUUGGUGUGCCUGGAUUAAUGAGGCGUGCAGCAUCUGAACAAAUCACUUGUACUAAACCCUCUGUAGAGAUUUCAUGCGACUACCGUAGUAAAUCCUUUGAUUGUGGCAAUGUCUCACCCAGCAGAUCUCUGUCCCCAAUUGGCCAGCCAAAAAGUUUGCAGAUCUCCCAGGUGCCGCUCAUUGAAAGGAGGCGGGGACCACUUGUUCGACAGAUGUCAUUAAAAAUAGGCCCAGAGAGUCAGCAACCGGUUAGGAAAACGAUCACACCUCUAGAGAAACCUCACAUUGCAAAUGUUAGUACUCUAAUUCAGAAUAGAGCUCAGUUGAUUCAUAUUGCCAAUAACCGCACCAUGGCUCAGCCUUUUAUACUGCAUCCUGGAGAGCCGCCUUUACAAAAGAAUGAGCAAAUGGUGCAAAGCAUUAAUCUGGGGAGCUCAAUUCAGCAACCUCAAAUCCAAGGCCUUCCACACCCUUGGCAUCAAGCGGCGAGGGUUCAGAUAUGCCAAAAGACACAUCAACCUCUGAGUCAUAUCUUACUUUGUCACAAGAAUGUCCAGAACAACUCAACUGACUCUGAAGAGCAGACAUGCUUUGUGCCCAAAUACCAAAUGCAGUGUCCAGCUCUACGAGCAAGCCAAACAUUUUCAUUCUCGUGCACACAAGGAAAGCAGAUAGCCUUGCCAGUUUUAACAAUACCUGUCGCCAAUCAAAUUCUGAGUAUAUCAAAAUCUUCAGACGUCGCCCAAAAUGUGUAUGUUGCACAAUCGAAUCAAAAGACUUCUGAAAUCAAGACACAAAAUGUUUUGCCUAGUGACCAGCAAAGGGAUCCAUUCAGUCAAACCCAAGCAGGUGCUCUAUCAUUGCCACAGAUCCUGAUAACUCAUGAGCAGGUGCACCAUGUGUCAUCUUUGUCCAACAGAAGUAGCCUUUCAUCCCCCCAGAGUGCAGAUGAUCACAGCCAAGGUGUACAAACUGUAACAAUGGACAGAACUAAUGCUCACACGGCCGGCGCCCCUAAUCAUACUGGAGAAAGACCACCUUCUCUUGGGUCUUUACAUUGCACACAGAAACUGACAUCAGUGACUUUAUGCCCACAGCAGGAACCUACUGCUUCUAGUAAACGAAUGCUGUCACCUGCCAACAGCCUGGAUAUCUAUAUGGAAAAGCACCAAAAACGAGCAAAGGAUGAGCACGGUGUGGCAUGUCUUACUGAUGGCAGGUCAGUGAACUAUCUUAACUCCAAGGUGUCAGAGGUGACACGACAGAGGAAGCUGACACUGGUUCGGCAGGUUUGUACAACUGAACUGGUGGACAGCCCCAUCGAAACUGAGGCCCCACCUCUGCCCCAGGAUAAAACAGAUGUUGGAGAAAAUGACACUGAAGCUACUGAUGAUUGUAAACCCAUGUCCCCUGACAGUACAGGUUUAGAAAAAGAUGCAAGUACUGUUGUUCCAGAUGCCAGCUCUCCACUGAAUACUGUUCUUAGUAGCCAAGGAACUUCUAUGUCAACCAAUAAUCCUUUGAAGCUUCAAGAAAAACCUCAGGAGCAGAGAUGGACUCCUGCCAGAUGUCCUAUAAGGCCCUCCAGCUUCCAUGCUACUCAGUUCAAACUGACCACAUCCGUUUCUGUUGUCAACACAAAGGACAGUCAUCGACUGUCUUUCCCCAGCUUGAAGACUGCCACCACUUUUACGUGGUGUUUCCUGAUGAAGAGAAAACCUCUUCAUGUUCCACAGACUGACCUGAAGGUUUCGGCUUAUGCUGCAUGGACACUCAGUCCCAGUAACCCAAAUCCACUCAGGCUGCCCACCAAGGUGGUCAUGUCUCUGUUCGACUCCAAGCAAAUCUCCAAGAAAAUACACUACACCUCAGCCAUAAAAACAAGUGGAAAAUCUGAUAUCUUGUCCUACACAGGCAAGCUCAAAGACGUCAUGGCCAGGGUUCCUAUAACCAAAACGUCUGUAACGGUGGACAAAGGAAGUAAAGUACUACCUGAAAGUCAGACCAGCAAUGACUCAGAAAAGGACUUAUCAACCAAAACAGAACCAAGACGGGUCAAAAUAUUUGACGGCGGAUACAAAUCUAAUGAGGAGUAUGUAUACGUGCGUGGGCGAGGGCGAGGAAAGUACAUCUGUGAGGAAUGUGGGAUCCGCUGUAAGAAACCCAGCAUGCUGCGCAAACACAUCCGCACCCACUCUGAUGUCCGGCCAUACCACUGUGUCCAUUGCAACUUCUCCUUCAAGACAAAAGGAAAUCUGACAAAGCACAUGAAGUCCAAGGCCCACAGUAAGAAAUGCAUGGAGAUGGGGGUACCUGAGGGUCUCAUCGAGGACCAGGAUGCAGAAGACUCUGGAGACCGCAGUCAGGUCAGCAGUGCAGACCAUCCAGAUUCAGACGGCGAUGACUCUGAGGGUCCUGAUGAUGAGGAGAAUGAUGACAAUGAGGAGGAAGAGGAGGACAGCCAGGCAGAGUCAGGCCUGUCUACCACCCCCUCUGUCUCUGCCAGCCCGCAGCAUAUCCCCUCCAAAGAAGCCGACGUCCCUCCGAGUGCCCUGCUGGCUCAGAUGUCAAUCAGCUCAGCUCCUUUCUCCAUGUCCCAACCUCCAGGUCCUGAACCCCACAGAUCAGACUCUGAGUCAGUCCCCAUGAUGAGCCCCGUGGCCCUCUCCGUAUCUCUCAUUGGCUCUUGCUCCCACUCAACGGCUCUCCCCCACUCUCCUCCCCCAGUUGUCACCACAUCAGACUCCUACACGUCAGACACAGAGUCGGUCCACAUGAUGAGCCCGGUGUCACCCUGCAGGCAGAUGUCCAUCGACUACUCCGACUUUGAUGUGCCCCCGAGUCCCCCGGUGCCAGGCAAAGGCCCAAAGCUCAGCCAGGAAGCUUCCGUCACACCUCUGACUGUUCCAACCUGUGAAUCCGGCAUACCAGUGGACCGUGGCACUCAGACUUCCUCCUAUGCUUCCCAAGGUCACAUGCACUUUCCCCCACAGAGACUAUCUCAAGUGCAAGGAACAGACUCCCAGACGCACCUGUUCAGUCACCUGCCUCUGCACUCCCAGCAGCCUUCUCGCUCUGCUUACAGCAUGGUCCCAGUCGGUGGCAUCCAGUUGGUACCUGCUGGACUGGCAGCUUACUCCACCUUUGUCCCAAUCCAGGCUGGCCCAGUCCAGUUAACCAUCCCAGCAGUGAGUGUGAUUCACAGAAAUACAAGCCCACUACCAGCUCCAAACACUCCACCCCAUCCAGAGAGUUUGCAAACCCACCCCCUUGUGGUCCAGGAACCAAUCAGUAGCGUUGUGCCCUGCUUCCCCCUUGGGCAAGUCACUGGCCUACAAGCUCAAACUCUACAACCAGUGGGUGUGGAGACACUGAAUCUCAUGGGGCUGACUAACACAGGUCUAACAUCCACUCAACUGCUUCCUCAGCAAGGGCUGACCCUCAAUGCAACCUUGGGCCUGCAGGUUUUGGCUGCCAAUCCGACCUCCCAAGCAAGCACCGGCCCCCAAACGCAUGUCCCGGGCCUGCAGAUAGUCAACAUUGCUCUGCCUGCCAUCAUUCCUUCUCUCAGCCCGCUCUCCACCCUCAGUCCUCUUGCGGCGUCCUCAGAGAGGCAGAGCAGCCUCGAUGGAGCACAGCAACCUCAAAGUGAACACGGGCCAGGUCCUUCGAGGAGCUGCAUGACUGCUUCACCACCUGCUCCUCUGAAGGUCAGCAGCUCUCCAGAACCGAGACCAGAGACUGCACAGGUGGUAGAGAAGGAAAGUGACAAAACCCCACAGCAGCAUCCAUCACCAGCUCCUGAGAGUCGAGCAGACCAGGCUAAGGAGUCACCGUUUGAGGGCGCUGGUGUUCCUGCACCAACCACAGCGUCACCAGUGUCAUCAUGGCAGAAAGUAAUUGAUGACAAUAAUGAGAUAUCCAGUGACGAUGAAGACAGACUCGUCAUUGCCACCUGAAGACCCCACGAGGAAAGCUCUUAUUUGCUGUCUUUUUGUAAUUCUUGUCACUUUCUAAGACUGAAAACACUUCAGGGUUUUUUUUUGUUUUUGUUUUUUUGGAAACCACCUGUCAAAGCACAGAUGCUGACAUUCACUUUGUAUGUGCAAUCAUAUAAUUGUAAUAAUGACCAAUCAUUUUAUUCUUACAUUUUGUCAGCUCCAGACAGUUUUUUUGUACAUGUUGUAUAGAACAUUGUGCCUUUAUGGAGUUUCUUGUUUAUGAAUCUGUACAUAAUUCCUUAUAAAUUCAGUAGUUGCUCGUGUUUAUUUGAAAAAAAUAAAAAUAAAAUAGAAGUUACAACAAACAAUGGAGGAUAUCAGUUUUAUUUUGGAGAAUCUGUCAUUCGUAAAUUUAUGGAAAAAUAAAUGUUGUAAUGGUAUAUGUAUGUACAUUUUUAUGGAAUUCGGGGCAAUGUUUCUGUGUACAGAUGUUUGGCUAUUUAUUAUAAUCCAUUGAGUGCCCAUUAAGACUCACAAGUCCAUAGGUAUGUGCAUUAUUGUAGCUUUACAUUGCUGUAUCAAUAUUCUUAACUGUAUCAGUAAAUUUGUUUAC